AUGUCGAGUCGCUAUUCUCUGCGCCAGACGCCUCGGAAGAAGGAGUUGUUCGAUGGGAUGGUAGAGACUCCAGGCCGCCGUGUGUCGUCCCGGCGCAGCAAUCGCUUUCCCUCCGUGGAAGGCGGAUCAGACGAUGGCGACUCGAGCUCCGCUGCCGAGACAACUACCUCAAAGUCCAAUCCUACCAGACGUCGUGUUACCCCAAAGUUUACCGAGCACAUCGAGGAUGAUUUUGACGACACAAAGGUGAAAGAGGAGUUCAGCGCCCUGACCAGCAAAGUAUCAAACGCCCUGAACGGCAAUGGCCACGUUGCCGCCGAAGCUCAUAAUGGAAGUGCCAACGGACACGCCAAUGGCCAUACCAAUGGACAUGCUAACGGCCGGGCCAAAGAAGAACAAAUGGUCGAUGGUUGGAAGCCCGGCAUGGACCCCAAGGUUGAUCAUUCGGGACACUUUGAGUUCGGUGGCAGCUGGGGUGCUCUUGCGCUCAUGACUGGAUUUCCCCUAUUGAUGUACUACAUGUGGAUUGGCGCCACUUACUACGAUGGCAAACUCCCUCUGCCAGCCCAUGGUCAAUCGUUAUUAGAUUUCGGCAAACAUCUGUUCAGCCUGGCAUACACUGGUGCUUUCCCUCAUUUCAGGGCUUGGCGCAUCUACUGGACUUUUUACGUCUUCGAGGCGCUCUGCUACGUCUUUGUCCCUGGCUUUACCGCCUACGGCAAACCCCUGCCUCAUGAAGGUGGUAAGCAGCUUAAGUACCACUGUUCUGCAUUCAUCAGUCUGUACAUCACCAUCGCUGUCUUGGCUGGCCUCCACUUCACUGGCCUGUUCCCCAUCUAUACCUUUCUAGACGAAUUUGGCCCCCUCAUGUCUGUCGCCAUCAUCUCCGGCUUCCUUGUCAGCUUUGUGGCUUAUUUCUCGGCCCUCGCACGCGGCGCUCAACACAGAAUGACCGGAUAUCACAUCUACGACUUCUUCAUGGGCGCUGAGCUCAACCCUCGUGCAUUUGGUGUCCUGGACUUGAAGAUGUUCCAAGAGGUCCGUGUACCCUGGUACAUGCUGUUCGGUCUCAGCUGCGCUGCUGCUGCUCGACAGUACGAGAACUACGGUUACGUCACUGGCGAGGCCAUGUUCCUUGUUAUGGCUCACUGGCUCUAUGUCAACGCCUGCGCCAAGGGAGAGCACCUUAUCGUGACAACCUGGGACAUGUACUAUGAGAAGUGCGGUUUCAUGUUGAUUUUCUGGAACAUGGCCGGCGUUCCUCUCUCCUACUGCCACUGCACUCUCUAUAUUGCCAACCACCAUCCCUCCGAGUACGCCUGGAACAAGUGGGCUCUCGGAGCACUUUACAUCACCUACCUUGGAGCUUACUAUAUCUGGGACACUACCAACGGCCAGAAGAACUCCUUCCGCAUGAUGGAGCGUGGCACAUUCGUUAAGCGAAAGACCUUCCCUCAGCUUCCUUGGCAGGAAGUGCACAACCCCAAGGUCAUUAAGACGAGCACUGGUGAUAGCAUCCUGGCCGAUGGGUGGUACGGCUACGCCCGCAAGAUUCACUACACUUGUGAUGCUUUCUUCGCUAUUUCGUGGGGCCUGAUUACUGGCUUUAGCAGCCCUUUCCCCUGGUUCUAUCCUGUUUUCUUCUGCUGCAUGAUCACCCAUCGCGCAAUCAGAGAUAUCCAAAGAUGCAGACAGAAGUAUGGCGAUGCCUGGACCCAGUAUGAGAAGGAGGUGCCGUACCUCUUCAUUCCCUACGUUAUUUAA